AUGGCCGACUUUUUCCUCCGCACACCCCGUAUCAUCCAAGCCAGCGAGCCGGACUCCUGGCUGGGCACGGUCCCUAAACGUCAGCCAGUGAAACAUAGGAGAAAACGGAGAAGCCAACAACGCGCCCCAUUCCAUCUGUUCAAGCUAAUCCGCGAGGCCAACAACCUCAUCUUAUCCUGGCGAGAUGGCCUUACCGAAUCGCAGCGGGAGGCCAGGAGGAAGGCCGAGGAGCAGAUGCAGAUCCUGGCCGCUCGCAUGCAGAAUGCCACCACCUUUGAAGAGUGGCAAGCAGCUGCUGAGCAGCUUGAUCAGCUUGAAGGUAAUGACAAGUGGAAGCUUGACGACCAAAGCGGCGAUUAUCACCCGGAAGUGAUCCGAGCGAGCCUGGAGGAGCUUGACAACGCCCGGACAAAUUGCGACAUCCACGCCAUGAUGUAUCUGAUCAGGACCUCGUUAUCUCGUGACCUCGGGGGAAUGGGGAGCAUGGACCUCUAUCGGCAUUCCUACAUUGGGACUAAGAAGCUGGUGGAGCGGUAUGUCAAGUCGGCCAUCCAAACCAUCGAGUCAGUAGUCGAGAAAAGCGCCUACUCCACGCAGUAUGGCCUGGAACCAAAGGAUCUGCUCGAGGGUAUGCUUUAUGCCCGACAAAGCUUCGGACGGAGCGCUUUACUCUUGAGCGGCGGCGCGACUUUUGGCAUGUCGCAUAUCGGUGUGCUCAAAACGUUGUAUGAGCAGAAGCUCCUUCCGCGCAUCAUCUCCGGUGCAUCCGCUGGUUCCAUAGUCUGCUCUGUGGUGUGUACCAGAACAGACGAAGAACUUCCGGGCUUGGUUGAAGCGUUCCCGUUUGGGGAUCUCGGUGUCUUUCAGGGCGAUGAAGAUCACAUAUUUGACCACAUUCGCCGCCUCCUCACCGAAGGAAGUUGGGCUAACAUUGACAACUUGACGAGGGUGAUGCGAGUCUGGCUUGGCGACCUGACCUUUCAAGAGGCUUAUAACCGGACCCGAAGGAUCUGCAACAUUUGCGUGUCGUCAGCUUCGCUCUACGAUCUUCCGCGGCUGCUCAACUACAUCACGGCGCCUAACGUCCUGAUCUGGUCAGCCGUUGCCGCCUCUUGCUCCGUCCCACUCGUCUUUCAGGGCACUCAUUUGCUUGUAAAGGAUCCGGCUACUGGGGCCCAUCUACCGUGGAAUCCCACCCCACAGCGCCUGAUUGACGGAUCCGUGGACAAUGACCUCCCCAUGACUCGUCUAGCCGAGAUGUUUAACGUCAACCACUUCAUUGUCUCGCAAGUUAACCCACAUGUCGUCCCCUUCCUGGCAAAGGAUGAUCGGCUUUAUCCUGCGACCACUCCCGGCAGAUUGCGGCAGGAAAAGGGGUCUCAGGACAGCGGGGAGUGGUUCUACACUCUCACAGCUCUCGCGAAGGAUGAGGCGAUGCACCGACUACACUUCUUAUCCGAACUCGGCAUCUUCCCUAACCUGUUCUCCAAGCUGCGCUGCGUCCUGAGCCAGCGGUAUUCCGGUGACAUAACGAUCCUCCCCGAGAUCCCACUUAACGAUCUUCCACUGAUCCUGAAGAACCCGACGCCUGAGUUCAUGCUUCGGAAUUGCAUGAUUGGCGAAAGAGCAACCUGGCCCAAGCUUAGCCGCAUCCGUGACAGGCUCGGCAUUGAGCUUGCCUUGGAUCAGGCAGUGCACCAUCUGCGAGCUCGCGUCAUCUUCAACCAAAGUCAGCUCGACCUUCGCAGACUGCAGGAUAUGAGCGGAAGCCUCGGAAAGACAGGGUACGCCGAGGGUGGCGAGAUAGGCCGCGGACAGCCCCCAUCUUCAGGAGACGCAUCCCCAGAGCGACGCUCGUACGGGCGGCGUAGAGGCUCCGGAAGCAGUAUACAACUGCUAGCAGCCAGACACAAGAAUCCCUUCCAGGGAACCGAGGAUGGGGAGGAAUACUUGUCCGGGGAGGACGAGCAGUUGGAACUGAAGUUUCGGCCUGGGUCAAAAGCCUCCCGUCGUGGGAACUGGCCCGGAAUUACCAAGCCGCGACUCAAGCGUUGCAGCAAAAGUCAUGGGCACAUGCGCGCUGGGCUGCCCUCCGAGAGGUAUCUCAAGAAUGAGGUUGACGUGCCCGUCUUUGAAAUCACGGGGCCUCAAGCGUCACGAAUGAAGAGUAAAGACGCUGGCGGUGAGGCAGUGGCUGAAACCUCUGUCUUGAGUCCCGCUCCUGUAGCAGAGGACAAAGCGGAAUCUCUGCCAUCGGGACGGGCCAAGUGA